AUACACGUAGCUGCAUUUGCGGAUAAUCUCGAGAUUGUCAAGAGGCUUAUUGGUGAGAAAGAGGUGGACGUCAAUCAUCAGGCUGAUACCACAUUUGGCCCACUCUUGGCUGCGUGCGUAAAUGGACACAAAGAGGUCGUGGAAUACUUACUCUCGCUGGAUGGUGUUGAAGUAAAUUGUCGAAGUGACUUCGGCAAGACGCCUCUGAUUGCCGCAGCCAAAGCUGGCAAUCAUGAUCUAUGUCGACUACUCCUGGAAAAAGGAGGUGCUCUUGUGAACUUCAAAGCACUGGACGACGAUACUGCGUUGAUCAUCGCAGCAGAACACGGGCAUCUGUCGACCGCACAGGCUCUCUUAAGAAAGGGGGCAGACCCGAAUAUCAUCGGUGAUUACGAGCGCACUGCGCUGCUUUCAGCCGCACGAGGCAAAGAGAACGUCGUAAGGUUGUUCUUGUCUCGUGGUGCCGAUAUCAACAUACAGGAUAACACUGGCAAUACUGUU